AUGAAGGCCCUGAGCAUCAUCGACCCCGCCACGGACCCCAUCGCCAAGCACUACUUGCUCGACAUCACCAAGUUCCACUACGACAACCUCGAGUCCUGCAUCGAAGACGUACUGAUGACGAUGGAGAGCACCAACUUCACGGAGAUCGCGACGGAGAUCCAGCACCACUGCUACAUCAAGUUCCGCUACUCGCUGUUCGCCGGGCCGCCUCCGUUCGAGCUGGUCUCCAACUCGGCCCCGACGGCGACGGCACACGCGGUGGAGCUCUGGUUCACCCAGCAGGUGGACAUCGCGCGCCACGACCUGGCCGGCGUGCGCGUGUUCAACCUGGACGAGAAGGCCGAGCUGCACCUGGAACAGCUCGUCGCCUGUGCGCACCAGAAUCUGGAGCCUUGGGGCGACUCGGAGAUGAACGCGCACGAGUUCUACGAGGCGCUGACGGAAAUCGUCGACUGCGCCUGA